GAGAAACCCAUACUACUACUUCUUCUCUCUUCUUUCUCUCUCUUAAAUUAUCUCUCUACAAUCUGUCAAACCCUAACAAAGGGGGUUUUGGGGUUUUGAUUUUGAUCAUGAUGAUGAUGGAAGAGAUAGAUAAAUCACAUACCCAGAAACCCGACACGAUUACGACUUUCGGGUCUAAUGCGGGUUCGGGUCUUCUUCUGUUUAACUCGUCUACAGGGAAUGGAACAACUCAUUCGAACUCGGCUGAGUCAACUAGGCCGAGUCAUCAACAGUUGGCUGUGUUGGGUUGUUUUGGUGAACAUAAGAUUCAGAGGAAGAAAAGAAUGGCUAGACAAAGAAGAUCAUCUGUUACUCUUUUGCCCUUUGCUUCUUCUCACGUGCCAACCCACCCUCUCCCCGCACGUGUUGUUGAUCCAAGGAGGUUGAGAUUUUUAUUCCAAAAGCAACUUCAGAAUAGUGAUGUCAGCUCCUUGAGGCGGAUGGUGCUGCCAAAGAAAGCAGCUGAAUCGCACCUUCCGACCCUGGAAACUAAGGAAGGAAUAUAUAUUAGCAUGGACGAUAUGGACGGUGUGCAUGUAUGGAACUUUAAGUACAGGUUUUGGCCUAACAAUAACAGCCGGAUGUAUGUCCUCGAAAACACUGGGGACUUCGUUAAUGCACAUCGCUUGCAGCUUGGCGACUUCAUAAUGGUCUACCAAGACAUCAUUAACCUUAACUAUGUGAUUCAAGCCAAGAAGAAUUCACAGGAAGAGAUAUACGACGACUAUACAGCUAAAGCCGUUACUGAUUACUUGCAAGUUCACAACUUCGAAAUAAGUAGGUACAAUCAAUUGAGCUGGAACGACCCAGGAAACAUGGAGGAUAUAAACACUAACACCUGCAUGUCAUUUGUUUACGAGACAACAAGCUUCUCGAAUGAUUCACCUUUCGACUUUCUUGGUGAGUCGAUGACAAACUACUACUCAAGGAUGGGCGGGUUCGAUAGCUUUGGAUCUGUUGACAAUCUGUCCCUUGACGAAUUCUACUAAUGUUUAUGUUGUUCGAUCAUAUAACUGAAGUUGCUCUUUUGACGGGCCUGAAACACUUGUUUUUUCAGGUCAAAACAAUGUCGUUUUUUGCUGGGUAAAGCUCGCUCCAUGACGGGUUUUUGGUUGUUAAAUGUAGCUAUAAAUAAUGGGGUUGAAAGUAAAGAAAGGGGAGGGGAUUACCUAUGCUUAUCUUGUUCUAUGUGAUGGAUGCUCAAGUAAACUAUUAGGUAAAUUUUUUGUUGUAUUAAUAAACUAUGCAACUUCCGUUAAUUUGUCCCUUAUAAUGUGAAGAACUAUGCUCAUCAGCAUAUUUUGUUGGCUUCUAAAAGACUUUUUGUUCCAUUGAAUUAGAACAUUUUUAUUUAUAUAUGAUACGCAUUUUAUUUUGGAAAAAUUAUCUAGAAUAAUCCAAUCUUUUCAUGAUAAUCUCACCUAUUGAUUGACUAUAAAUAAUCGUAACUUUUGCGGUAUUGUCCUAUUGUAAACUCGUGUAAUCGGAUGACAUGUUGUAGUAGGUAAUUUACCCAAAAAUUAAAUUGAAAAUUAAUGUAAAAUUGAAAAAAUUUUUAAAAAUUUACAUAAAAAAUUUCGAAUAAUAAAAAAAGUUAGAAAUUUUUUUAAUAUUUUUUGAUUUUUCGAUAUUUUAUUUUAAUUAUCUUUUUUUUUGAUAAAACUUGCUUUACUCUAGGCAUUAUCUUCCAAAUUUUGGAUUAUAAAUAGUUAAUUAAUAGGUGAGAUUAUUAUAGAAAAAUCAUAAAAAUUUAGAGUUAUUUCAGAUAAUUUUUUCUAUUAUUUUCUAAUCUAAUCUACAAAUUCAUUGGCAUUUUCUUAUACCAUAUAUAAAAAACUUUGCAAAAUUCUAAAAUAGCAAAAUUAGAAAGGGACAAAUCAUGUAUAAGGUACCUUUCAAAAAAAAAAGAAGUAUGUGUUAAAGGCUUUCCUUUACCCAUCAAUCAUCAUCCCCAAAGGUGGUGGUGAUAGAUAUGAAUCUGGCAUUGGUUCACCGCAAUGCAUCAUAACAUAAUUCUUAUUCAAACAUUUUUUUAAUGUCUAUAUUCAAACUUUCAAGUUGAACUUUUUUUAUUGUUGUUGUAGUAGUCAGAAUUUUGAGGAGUAUUAACUUUUGAUGAAUCUAAAAUAUACUCCUUUCGUUUCUUAAAGAGAUUCUCAUUUAAUAUUUUAGGUGUUUUAUUUGUUGUUUCCAUAAAAAAUAUUUCUACGUAAAUUACAAAUUUUGAUCAAAAAUAACAUUGUUUAUCUUCAUUUUAAUAAUUUAAUAAUGUUUAUGGUCUUACAUAUUUUCUACUAACUUUAUUUUAACAUUUUUAUAUUCAUUAUAAUCCUCACAUGUUCUCACUAAUUUUAUAAAAAUAUUUUUUUAUUAGUUGUAGUUUCAUAUUUUAUUCACUAACUUUCAUUUAAUAUUCUUUUGAUGUUAUGGUUCUUAAUUUUCCUUCAUUAAAUUUAUUAUUUAAUAAAAUGAUAUAUCUAAUAUCUAAAAGAUUUUAUUUUUCUUAAUUUCUGUAAAUAUUUUUCGUAAAAACUUCAUUAAAAAAAGGGAAAGAAUAUUAAUCAUAAAGACAAAUUUCAACGUAAGCUUGGAAAAGGGUUCAUACUAAAUUGUCCGUCUUCCCUGUUUUGAUAUGUAUCUUUUUGAAUCUUUAAGGGUCGUGACUUGUGAGUGGAAAUGUGGAACCAUUUCUAUAUGCUCCUUUUCCUUUCCUUUUUAAAUUUUAUUUGGUUUUUUGUAGCAAUAAUAUUCCUCUUUAUAAAAAUAUGUAACAUAAUAUUCUUAACAGAUUUAAGUAAUUAAAUGGAGUCUAGAAAUAAAUGAAAACAUCUUUAAAAAAUUCUCAAAUAAGAUGAUCUAUAAUUUCUAUUGGGUUGACCUAAUGUAUAUUUAAAUUUUAGUCAUUUAUUGUCUUAAAAUAAUCACCUAUAACCUUAACGUGAUCACUUAUAUUUAGAAAUGAUCAUU